GCCGUGGCGUCACGGAGCGCGACGGUGACGUCACGGCGGCGGCGCUCACUGCGGUGCCGUAACGGCGCUGCCGCCGCAUGGCCUGGCGCAGCUCGGGGGCCAGGCCACCGUCACGGGGGGGCCGCCCGGGGCUCCUCUCGCCGCCCGGGCCCCGCAGCCUCCUGUCUCCUCCCCUGAGGGUCGCCGCCACCACCCUGGCCUUCUGCGAGCGCCAAGCCCGGGCCGCUACCCACACAGCCCUCACUGACAGCCGCCAUCGCCGCGGUCUCCACUGCCGGCAGCAGUUCGCGCGGGCCGUAGGCACUAAACCGGGGAGAGAGCAACCGGCUCUGUGCUUCCCGAGGUGCUCUGAGCACCAGCGGGGCGCUGCCCGCCACAGGCGACCACAGGGGCUUUGCUGAGGCGGGCAGCGCGGGCACUGGAGCGGGGCCCGGGUGUGAGCGCGGUGCCGCGGCAGCCCACGACCUGCAGCAGCCACCGGGCCCGCGCACAGCCCAGCGCCCCUGGAGAGAGUCCCGGGGCCAGCCCCGAGGCGGAGCAGGCCCCGGGGCACGGCCCCUCGGGAGGCGGAGCGCGGCGCGCAGCGGGCGGGCAGCCACGGGCAGGCUUCCAGCCGGAGCGUUGUGCGGCGUGCGGGGAGCGGGUGCGGUGUCGCCAUCGCCAUGUCGCGGCUGCACCAGAACAGGAUCGCGGAUUUUCAGGAGGUGCUCGGCGAACCCACGGUGGCUUUGGCCAAGCUCCGUGAGCUCUGUUUCAGCGGGAUUCCCUUUGAUGGAGGACUCCGCUGCCUCUGCUGGAAGAUCCUCCUGAACUACCUCCCUUUAGAAAAGGCCUUAUGGAGCUCCUUGCUGAAGAAACAGAGGGAUCUUUACUCCCAGUUCCUAAAGGAAAUGAUUAUUCAGCCUGGGAUUGCCAAAGCCAACCUGGGUGUCUCGAGGGAAGAUGUGACCUUAGAAGAUCAUCCACUCAACCCCAGCCCAGACAGCCGCUGGAACACCUACUUCAAGGACAACGAAGUGCUGCUGCAGAUAGACAAAGACGUCAGGCGGCUGUACCCUGACAUGGCCUUCUUCCAGCGCCCUACCGACUACCCCUGCCUGCUGGUGCUGGACCCCCAGAGCGAGUUUGAGACGCUGCGGCGGCGAGUGGAGCAGACCACGCUGAAGGCACAGCCUGUGGCACGCAGCCGCAGCGGCCUCACCAACGUGAGCUCCCCUCUGAAGGCAGCUCCCAGCUCGCUCAGCGAGUACGAGGUCCUGCCCAACGGCUGCGAGGCUCACUGGGAGGUGGUGGAGAGGAUCCUCUUCAUCUACGCCAAGCUGAACCCUGGCAUCGCCUAUGUGCAGGGCAUGAACGAGAUCGUGGGGCCUCUCUACUACACCUUUGCUACAGACCCCAACAGCGAGUGGAAAGAGCAUGCUGAGGCAGACACCUUCUUCUGCUUCACCAACCUCAUGGCUGAGAUUCGGGACAACUUCAUUAAGAGCCUGGAUGAUUCCCAGUGUGGCAUCACCUACAAAAUGGAGAAGGUCUACUCGACCCUGAAGGAAAAGGAUGUGGAGCUGUAUUUGAAGCUGCAAGAGCAGAACAUCAAGCCCCAGUUCUUCGCCUUCCGCUGGCUGACGCUGCUGCUGUCGCAGGAGUUUCUGCUGCCCGACGUCAUCCGCAUCUGGGACUCGCUCUUCGCCGAUGCCAAGCGCUUCGACUUCCUGCUGCUCGUCUGCUGUGCCAUGCUGACACUAAUCCGGGAUCAGUUGCUGGAAGGAGACUUCACCCUGAACAUGAGGCUGCUGCAGGAUUAUCCCAUCUCAGAUGUUCACCUGAUUCUGAAGAAGGCAAAGGAACUUCAGGAUUCCAAAUAGUCCAUGAGCCCAACAGAAAGUGUCAGAGAAACUGUGGGCCCAGGAGGUGCCUCCAUGCAGUGUGGUGCAUUACAGCUCCUAGUGGUCUCUGCAGGACUUGGGGUUUUGUGUUUGGGCUGCUGGCCACUUUGGAGAGUUCCUUCUACUCUAUUUAUUAGGUCAAGGACUGAUUACUUCCCCAUCUACUUGAGUCCUGCACUCCAGAUCUUUUUCAAAUCUCAGAUGCAUCUGUGCUGCCAAAAACAGCUCUUUGUGAUUGUUGUCAUGACUUUAUGGCUGGGGAGAAAGAAACCCUCUGUGCACGCCCCUGCAGCAGUACUUGGAGCAGUGCUAGUGGGGAAGGGCCAGGCUGAGACCAGUGGAUUUUGAUUGGUGAGCACAAAGGAUCCUCCUGCUCUGAACGGGAUUUGUUCCAGCAACGUCACAGCCCCAGGACUCUUCUCCCUUGUGUCUGCACUUGGCCAUCCCUGGGUGUGCAAAGACUGCCUUAGUUUCUGGUGACUGCCAUCUGACACCUGCCAGUUUGGACCCUUUUGCCCAGGAGAGAGACCUUGAGAAUCUGAGAUGGGAGAACGAGGCUACAGCUGGUGGCUUUGUGCACUGAAGCUGCCUGGAUCCAGAGUUGCCUUAGCAGCAGGGGCUCCUGGAGAGCAGCCCCGUGGUGGCUUUCAUCACUUGGUGCAGUUUGAAGCCAAGCCUUACUACACACAGCCUUAGAGCGGGUGCUGCAGGGGGGCUGGCACUGAUUGCCUGGCACUGAACUGGAGCCUGCCCAGCCACAGCCAGGCUUCUGAGCUACAAGAAGCAAGCACCAAGUCCCUGCCUUGAGGACAGAUGUGGCACAGGGGGUCUGCCCUGUGCCUGCAGAAUGUUACCCUGCACAAGCUCUGGUCACAGGAACCUUGACAUUGUCUCGUAGGACUUUUUGCCAGGAAGAGACGUGGCACAGGUCUGGCCUGUGCAGGAGUCCUUUUCCGUUGUGAUCCCAGCUUCCUGCUGGGGCUGAUCCACUUUUUGGUGUCCUGGUCCUGUUGAGUCACAGCCCUGGGUCAGACACUUGUCCCUGCUGAGAGGGAGGGUGCUGCAGGUUAGAGUGGAGCCGGCUCAGAUGAAGAUCAACAUGAGAGAGCUGCUGGCAGCA